CAUUCUACUUGAAAGCACCAUCAGACGCAAUACAAACAUGGCGACGUGCAUGGGCAUGGUCGCCAGGGUUGGAGGCACGGCGUUGAAUGUGUUGAAGCCGGUAGCCAGACACUGUGUCCGGCAGCGGGCAGGCCUCUUCACCCCGCAGCGCUGGAGCAGCCGGAGCAGCUUGUACGAGCAUGUCCGUGAAGGCUACAGCGACAAGCCGGAGCUGGACAUGACGCUGGUGUGUGAGCACACCGACAAAGUCAUGGCCAAUGUGGAGAGCAGGAAGGGCGACCUGCGAGGAGACGAUGUCCGAGACAUUGUGUGUGUGUGGCAGCAGCUCCAAGCCAUCCGGAGGGACAUCUCUGACCUGGAGGAGCAGAAGAAUCACAUCAGUGACACAGUCAGAGCCUUAGUGGAGAAGAACGACAAGAAAGCCCUGGCCAGUCUCCCAGAGUACAACCAGGCUCGUCAGAGGGGGCGAGAGAUCCGCACCACGCUGAGUCAGCUCUACCCGAGAGAGAGCGAGCUGGAGCAGGAACACUACGGACGAGCGCUCCGGCUGCCCAACACGACACACCCUGACGUGCCAAUUGGAGAUGAGAGCCAGGCGAAGGUGGUGGAGCUGGUGGGGCAGAAGCCAGUGUUUGACUUCAAGCCCAAAGGUCACGUAGAGCUCGGGGAGGAGCUGGGCCUGAUCAGACAAAGGCAUCUAGCUCAUGUCUCGGGCCACAGGUCGUACUAUCUGAGGGGAGUCGGGGCCAGACUACAAACCGCUCUCCAAAACCUGGCCCUGGACACACUGCAGCGACGGGGCUUCAUUCCGCUGGUUGUGCCUGACAUGCUGAAGGGGGCCGUGUUUGAGGGUUGUGGGAUGCAACCCAACGCCCAUCGGUCUCAGGUCUACUCACUGGACCCGGCCCGUUUCCCUGACCUCAACCUGGCUGGAACCGGAGAGGUUGGGGUGGCAGGUUAUUUCAUGGACCAUGCAGUGAACUGGAAGGACCUGCCUGUCAGGACGGUGUGCAGCAGCACGUGCUACAGAGCAGAGACGGACACAGGCAGAGAGACAUGGGGGCUUUACAGAGUUCAUCACUUCAACAAGGUAGAAAUGUUUGGCGUGACAGCAGAUGAGACAGGAGAGGAGAGUUCUCACCUCCUGGAUGAGUUUGUCUCUCUGCAGAAGGAGAUCUUCUCCUCACUGGAGCUACACUACAGAGUCCUGGACAUGCCGACACAGGAACUGGGCCCUCCGGCCUACAGGAAGUACGACAUCGAGGCCUGGAUGCCUGGGAGAAACAGCUAUGGAGAGAUUUCCAGUGGGUCCAACUGCACAGACUACCAGAGCAGGCGCCUCAACAUCCUGUACGAGAAGGAGGACGGCACUCUGCAGUACGCCCACACAGUGAAUGCUACAGCCUGUGCUAUUCCCCGAACCAUCAUCGCUAUCCUUGAGACUCACCAGACUAAAGAAGGAACGGUGCGCGUCCCACGAGCCCUGCAGCCUUACUUGGGUUUAGAGGUGAUUGAAAAGCCAAAGUACUCUCCACUGAAAUACAUUGGACCCAACCAGCCCAGCCGGCCGCCCAGACCCACUCCUAAGACCAGAUGACACAAACACACCUAAACACAGACACACACACACACACACACACACACACACACACACACACACACACACACACACAGCAGACUGACAGCCAAACCCCUUUGCCGCAUUCGCACACUCAGUUCACACAUUUUCAUUAACAGUCCUCAAAUCCCUACAGCACUCAGAGAAAUAAUCUUCCUCAGCUGUGAAAUCUGUACAUGUACUUUAGGAAAAGUGUACAUACCGUUGUUUCAUCUCUGCUCUCGGACCGCCGAAACGUUCCGUCCUCGUUUCCUUGACGCUGCCUCGGAAGUUGAGGUGGACGCACGGUAUCGAGGAGAGGAAAGCGUACGCGCUAGAGCAUCUGAAAGCACCCUUUGUGUCCAUGUCCUCUUGUGUCCCUGUCUCAGUACAUGUAAAUACUGUUUGUGAGGUAGAACUUCAGUCGGGUCACAUGUGAAACCAGUGUGGAUACAAAUCAUGAUUUUCAUCAUGAUUUUAGCCAAUCAGCCGAUACACUCUCACCUUUGAAAUCUGCAUCAGUGAACACCCACGAUCCUUGGGGUUGAUGCGAUGAUAACUGUCAGAGCCUGAGAGUUAUCAUCCUCGACGGUGUUCUUGAUGGGACAAAAGUACAUAAUCCACCUAUUUCAGUCUAUAUUUUGUGCAAUAAUUGAUAACUGUGUGUAAGCUGUUCCUGCUGUUCUGACUGUUAAUGUAAGCAAUGUAUUGCUGAUAUUUCUAAACUCAUUCUCUUCUUUGAUGAUAAAAUAGCAAGGAGGAUUACGUUUUAUUUGGCUCAUGCACUGUUAAAACCAGACUGUUUGCGAAGAACCAGGGUGACACACACACAAACAAAAAACUUUAACGAGAAAGCGAGAGGAAUGGCGUUGAAAUCCGGCAGGGCGACGCAUUAACCGAGGCGUGACUUCACGCACGGUCAAGUUGGUCUCACACAUGGCGAAUGUGUGGGAACAGGAUGCGAUGUACUUACAGCUUACAAGGUCUAAAAGUGUCACCUCAGGUUCUCAGCCAGCUUUGCACUCUUAUCUUAACAAGCCAAGGAGGAGUCGAGGGAAGAGGGAGACACUUAAGCCAUUUGUUGUCACUCGGUAUCAGCAACACAGAAUAACACUGACGACCGCUCAGCAGUGUUACAUCACGUUUUCAUGGCUGCUGUUCUCAUGUCACUCCUGUAAAUAUCAGCGCAUUCUCUAUAUAAGCCAAGGUCAUAGGAACAUAUGAGCAACAGCGCCCCCAGGUGGACAUCAGACAGAAAUGCACACAAUGCAGGUGAUUAACCAGGGUUACUACCAGAGGCCCAGUAAGUGCAAUAAAACAAUACAGACUACAGCACAUGUGAAUGCAAUAAUUAGCCAAAUACAUUAUAAUGAAUUCUUAAAUGUAUUUAAUAUGUAAUCAAAAUGCAUCAUAUAGUACUCUAAAUAUAAUCUCUCGUUUUUUUUUUUCUACACAACCAAGACUUACAGUACAUUUGUGUAUUUUAGCACUGGCGAAGCAGCAAUUCAACUUGUAUAAACACAUGAUAAUUACACACGUGUGAUCAGUUAACACUGAUUUUUCUCAUUACUGUCUAUCCCAAAGAUUAUGAGAUGUUUGUUCACUGGAUAUUAACUGAAAAAUGAAUGUAUUAUUAUUAUUUUUUCUAUAGAAGUGCAAAACGUUUCCACAAAAUGUAUCCUACAAACCAGCAAGAAAGACUGAGGAAAUGUCUAGAGCGGGAGAUAAGGGAAUGGGGGGCAUUUCAGACAAUAGGGAAAAAUGAAUAAUAACAAUACCAUUCGUAAUAUUACUGGCCAAUCAGAGUGCUGUAUUUUGUGCCUGUUGUAUCUUCUUCUAUGCUACCUGUCAAUCAAUAAAGUGUACUAAACCCC